AUGGAGCGUCAGCCGCAGAGCAGCCACGAUGCCUAUGACGUCACGGAUGCAGCCGUUGCCCCCUUCUUCAAGCUGGGGGUCAAAGAGCAAAGGGAAGAAGCGAAAGAGGUGAAGCCCGCGGAGAUGUCGCCUCCCAGAGAAGGGGGAGAGGAGCAGAAGGUUCAGUCCGAACCGGAGCAGGGAGCAGCCGCGGAUGGGAAAGAGGCGGGAGAUGAAGGAGAAGGAAAGGAAGGCUGCGAGGUCAGCGUCGGAGCCGCCGGCCCCGUGGACGGCGAAAGCCGCGAGGCCGAGGCCGAGGCGGGCGGCGGCGAAGGCGGAGAGCAGGGCGUCGAGGAGCAGCCCCCGCGGGCCGCCGUCGAGGGUCCCGAGGCCACAGAAGGGCGGCGGCGCGGACCCCGCGCCAGGUUCACGCAAGCGCAGGUGCAGGACCUGGAGCACGUUUUCCAGCGCACUCAGUACCCCAACAUGCUCAUGCGAAAGGAGCUUGCAAGACGCCUGGGAGUGACUGAAGCCAGAGUGUGGGCUUGGUUUAAGAGUAGAAGGGCCAAGUGUCGGAGACAUCAGAGGGCACUAAUGCUCAGAAAUGUGCCCCACGUGUCCGUGGUCCCCCUUGCUGUCGUCAGCGUGUGUGAACCCUGCAGUGCCAUUCUGCUUCAGGAGCUGGAUUGGGUCCACGUUCUUCUGGAGCAAGUGCCGCUGGAGCAGCCUCUGCUGCCCGGGGCACCCAUGCCACCCAUACCACACGUGCCUCCCGUGCCACCCGUGCCACGCGUGCCACCCGUGCCACACGUGCCACCCGUGCCACCCGUGCCACCCAUGCUACCCUUUACUCCUUUGCUGUUGCCUCCUCCGCCCUGUCGUCUUCCACUCGUGUUUCACUGUAGGUGCCCUCAUGUGGCAUGGCGUCCCUCCUUUCCUUUGGAGAUCCUUCAGCUGCCGCGACAUUCUAUUGAAUUGUGUCUGGGACAGUUUUUUCCAAAGGGCCUUUGA